CGGAGGCUGGGACGACCGCGUCGGCCGGCCCGCCCGGGCGAGGACCAGACCGGAAACGGUGGUUUCCAUGGUAACCCCGGAGCGGGUUGCCUGGGAGAUGACCCCUUUCGGUCUCUCUGGAUCUCUGCGGUAGCGUCACCUCGGAGGCAGACCGCACCGGCCCUGGACCGUCGCCGGCCAUGAUUCCCGGGAAGCACCGCUCGGUGUCUGGCCGGGCCGCCAACAACGUGAAUUGUGGGCUUCAUCUGGUUAUUCAAACAUCGUCGCUUCCUGAAAAAAGCAAAGUUGAAUUCAAGCUAAAUAAGGAAACAUCACCAUUUCCUGGUAGACUCUUACAGCAUGAUCUUGAAAGGAACUACUCAAGCAGGCAAGGAGAUGGAAGAAUAAUAAGCCCUUCGCCUCGUAAUAAAUCAUCAUGCCUCUCAUCCACAACAAACGUGACAGAACUGUGUGGGCUGGAAAUGAAAACUGCCAUGAGCUCUUUAUCAGCAUUUGGAGAUUCUUCCAUUCUGACACCUUCAAAGUCCAGAAGCCGGCAGGGCUGUCAUAGUGCCGGCCCCAAUGUAUCUGGCGAUCACAUUAACCUGGUGAGCUCGUCGAUGCCGUCCUUCCCCAUCCUCCACCGUUCUUCCGAAGAGAAGGUUCUUUACUCGGACAGGUUGACUCUAGAAAGACAAAAGCUGACUGUCUGCCCUAUCAUCGACGGGGAAGAACACCUUCGUUUGUUGAACUUCCAACACAAUUUUAUAACGCGAAUCCAAAAUAUUUCUAACCUACAGAGGUUAAUAUUCUUGGAUUUAUAUGAUAACCAGAUUGAAGAAAUUAGUGGGCUUUCUACUCUGAGAUCCCUCCGUGUCCUUCUGUUGGGGAAAAACAGAAUUAGGAAAAUCUCAAAUCUGGAAAACCUAAAGAACUUAGAUGUCUUGGAUCUUCACGGAAAUCAGAUUACCAAAAUCGAAAAUGUCAAUCAUUUAUGUGAUUUGAGAGUUCUAAACCUUGCCAGGAAUCUUUUAAGUCACGUUGAUAAUCUUAAUGGUCUGGAUUCACUAACUGAACUUAACCUACGACACAAUCAAAUCACUUUUGUGAGAGAUGUGGAUAAUUUGCCCUGCCUCCAGCGUCUGUUUCUCAGCUUCAACAAUAUUUCUAGUUUUGACAGUGUGUCCUGCCUUGCCGACUCUGCUUCCCACUCGGACAUCAGUUUUGAUGGCAACCCAAUAGCCCAAGAGUCAUGGUACAAAAACACUGUCUUUCAGAAUAUGAUGCAGCUGCGCCAGCUAGAUAUGAAGAGAAUCACGGAAGAAGAAAGGCGUAUCGCAUCUGUGGUAGCCAAGAAAGAAGAAGAGAAGAAACGAGAAAGUCAUAAACAGUCUUUGCUUAAGGAGAAGAAAAGAUUAACAAUUAACAAUGUAGCUCGAAAGUGGGACUUGCAACAACGAGUGGCCAACACUGCUGCAAAUCAGGACAGGAAAGACUCCGACUCCCCUUCUCAGGACCCCUGCCAGAUGAAUGGAAGCGCCAUCUCUGCAUUUCCGGAGGAGUCAGGGUCUCUAGACUCUGCACUCAGCAGUGCUUUACAAGGGCUGUCUGUCCUCGACUCCCACCUGGUGGAAGUAGAUGGGGACACGCUGUCCCUGUACGGCUCAGGAGCGCUGGAGUCCCUGGACCGGAACUGGAGUGCCCAGACAGCAGGCAUGGUCACAACGGUCUCCUUCACCUUCAUAGAGUUCGAUGAGAUUGUCCAAGUGCUUCCCAAGUUGAAGAUGAAGUUUCCUAAUUCUCUGCACCUUAAAUUCAAGGAAACGAACCUUGUAAUGCUGCAGCAGUUUAAUGCACUAGCACAGCUUCGUCGUAUUGACCAGUUGACAAUAGACCCUCAAGGAAAUCCAGUUGUCAAUUUUACACUCUGGAAGUACUAUGUACUGUUUAGGCUGAGCCAUUUUAAUAUGCAGAAAAUAAAUGGGACAGAGGUGACGCAGAAUGAUAUGAUAAUGGCCGAAAGGCUCUUUGGAAUCCUAGCACAUGUAGCAUCGUCUGAAUUACCCCAGUACCGUCUGAUUUCCAUUCUGGGUGAUGCCAGGAAAAAGCAAUUCCGGUAUCUGCUAGAAACCAAAGGGAAAAAACCUGGCAUUGUCAAUGAAGAAAAUAACGACAGCAAAAAACUUGUGGGAGAAAACACAAAUCGUGCUACACUAAAUUAUACCACAAGAGACUUUUAUAAUGAGAAGCUGGAGGAAAUAAAGGAAAAAAAGAAAUUCUGCAAGACGUACAUAGAGGACCUUGUGAAGGAGGCCACAGAAAUCAACAUGAAAAAUGAAGCUCUGCAGAAGCUCUGGCCACAGAUGUUCAUUGAGCUUGUCAGGGAUGCCAUCAUAGAGAUCCGCAAUAAGAAUUCCUAUAUGAAAUUCUGCCUCCAGCAGAUAACUGACCAAAAAUAGAAGUGGCUUUUGGUUAUAGUGCAUUCUGGCAGUUGCAUUUCUUGAAGGUUGAAAAUAUGCAGGUUACACAUGUUAAAACAACCACAUCGGCAUCCUACCAACUAGAGACUAGUAUCGAAGCUUUAUGGCUCACUGUUCUUGAAGUCAAAUGUCGGGAAGGAAGAAGGGCAGCGGGGGGUAGGUCCAGCUCCCACGUAUGACGACGAGACAGCUCUGGAACCCGGCGGUGUAGACGCUCGGCCUGAGGUGGGCACUGCACACGGGUCCUGCCUCGAGCAGUACCUGGGGUAGCCCGGAGCACGCAGUGUUUGCCGAUGGCUCCGCAUGAGUUGCUUCUGCCUACUUUCAGCUGACAGCUUUCGGUUAUUUGCCUUUUCAUUUUGUCAUGAUUUCCAAGCCCAAAAAAAAUGUUCUUUUUUUUU